CCAUAACUUCAGAGGCUGAUGCUGAGAUAUACAUGAAGUUCAUGAAAAGUCAUUGCUGCUAUGAGGCCAUUCCAACCAGCUGUAAACUGGUCAUAUUUGACACAACACUACAAGUAAGAGUCCAGGGUCCUGUAACCCACUUGUAUGUUGGAACUGAACAAUACAAAAUAAUUUGGGGGCAAAAUCAAGAGUCCAGGAUCGUGUUCAGUAGGGCACAUCGUAGCAAAACAUCUUACAACAGGUUACAGGAAACUAAAAUCUGUGUUCUUAUUUGACAAAUUCACGUAGUGCCUCCCCGUUUCAGAACAUGUUCUUCCUGUUGAACUCAACCCAGAUAUUUAUUCUCCCUCCACUUCCCAAGGGAAAGGUCAUGGUCCCUUUUGGUAUGACAUUUCAAGUCAGAGUUCCUCUCUCCUGGAACUACAGCUACAGUUAUAGCAGUUUUCCCUGCAGCAAUAUUUCAUGUGCAGCCUUCUUCCCUAAAGCAUACUCACUACUAAGACCGGUGUUAACUGGUUGUGUUAAAGAAAUCCUAUGUUUGCAGGUGAAGAAAGCCUUUUUCGCUCUUGUAGCAAAUGGCUUGAGAGCUGCACCUCUCUGGGAUAGCAAGACACAGAGGUUUGUGGGUAUGCUAACUAUAACAGAUUUCAUCAACAUUCUCCAUCGUUACUACAGGUCCCCAUUGGUUCAAAUGAAUGAGCUGGAGAGGCAUCAAAUUGGAACAUGGCGAGAUGUGUACCUGCAAUACUCCAACCACUGUCUUCACAGUAUCACUCCAGACGCCAGCCUCUUCGACGCCAUCUAUUCCCUACUGAGAUAUAAGAUCCACAGAUUGCCGGUUAUCGAUCCCGUGUCCGGAAAUGUCUUACACAUUCUCACGCACAAGCGAAUCCUCAAGUUUCUCCAUAUAUUUUAUUCUACACAGAAAGAGACAGUCCCAAAACCCUGCUUCAUGCAGAAGACGAUCCAGGACGUUGGGAUCGGGACAUUCCAGAACAUUGCCACGGUCCAGCAGACGGCCUCAGUCUACGAUGCCCUGUCUGUGUUUGUAGAGAGGAGGGUCUCCGCACUGCCCGUAGUAAACGAGCAAGGCAAGGUGGUGGCUCUCUACUCCAGAUUUGAUGUGAUUAAUCUGGCUGCCCAGAAGACAUACAACAACCUGAACAUGUCCAUGCAGGAGGCCAUCCAACGGCGCUGCUGUUUCAUUGAGGGCGUCAUCAAGUGUCUCCCCGACGAGACCCUGGAGACUGUCAUUGAUCGCAUAAUUAAGGCUGAGGUCCAUCGGCUGGUCCUGGUGGACAAAGAGGACGUGUGCAGGGGGAUCAUCUCUCUCUCUGACCUGCUCCAGGCCAUGGUGUUAAGCCCGGCAGGUAUUGACGCCCUUUUAGCCCCUUAGCACCUGUGGGAGUCAGGCCCCCUUGCCCUACCUCCAUCUUCUACCGCCUCUAGCCCCACCUUCCUGGCCCAGAGAUUUCAAGCAAAUCAAACUGAGAUCACUAGAGGACAAUGUGAAGUCCAUGGUGGAUGAAAAGGGAGACCGUUUUCAAAAUGUCAACAUACUGUUGUAGAGAAAAACAUAAUCCGCAACAAUCAGCUGUAUCAGUUGAGUUCAAUAAAACACAAUAAUCAUUAGUUACAUUUGAUCAAAUUGACGAUGUUACUUUGUGUUGCGCUGAAUUUGUGCUGUAUUAAACAU